AUGGGCCUCGUCGAGACGAAAUGGGCUCUAAUUCCUGGCGCCGGUGGUUCUCAACGUCUCUACCGUAUAGUGGGCGUGGCCAAAGCGAAAGAAUUGAUCUACACAGCGGAAGUAUUCGGUGGAAAAGACGCUGCCGCUCUAGGAGUUGUGAAUCACGUCGUCGCAUCCGAUCCAAUCGAUAAAUCACUGGAAAUUGCGAGAAAAAUUCUUCCCCGUGGGCCAAUUGCCGUGAAAUUGGCGAAAUUGGCGAUUAAUUUGGGCUCACAGACUGAUAUAACGAGUGCUUUGAGUGUUGAACAACAGUGCUAUGCACAAAUUAUUCCGACGAAAGAUAGACAAGAGGGAAUGCUCGCGUUUGCUGAGAAGAGAGAUCCCGUUUAUAAGGGGGAAUAG